UUUUCAGCUGUAAAGCGAAAGAUGACUUCACGUUGCACCAUUAAGCUCCCAAAGUCCGGAAUUUGUCCUCUCUGCUUCUACAAAACUCGUCAAAGUAAUUGGGCUCGUCACGUAAAGAGACACCAUCCAGAAUUUACUACACCUAUUUAUAGUGAAAAUAAAAAUAGUUCUGAACAAGUAGAAGAGAUUAUUGUUGCAGAACCUGCCCAAAGUUCGUCCAAAUCGUCAGAAAUUGACUUGCCAAUGUUGCAAUUAAAGCAUUUUUUGAAUCAACAAAUUCAACACAAUAAUUUAUUCGGGGUGGAUAAUGAAGAUAAAGAAGGUUUGGGGGAGGAAGAGGAGGAAGAUGAAGAACAAAUAAGAAUUAUUAAGGAAGUUGAUGGGAAUAAUGGGGAAGAAGAAGGAGAGGAAUAUAAACUCUUCCCCGGCCGUCGAAUCAUUAUACGCCGACCUGCCAAUGGAGUAUGUCAAUUCUGCCUCAAACAGAUUUCAGCAUCUAAUUGGAGUCGCCAUCUUCGUUCACUCCAUUUACCUGACAUUUUUGAAAUGAAAAAACAAGAAUUAAUGUUAAAUUCAUCAAAAAACGAUUUACAACAAAUUCCCCAAAAUUCCCAAAAUAAUCUUGAUUCUACACAAAUAUUAAACGAAAUGACUUUGUCUGCUACAGCUACUGCUUGCGAAACAAAGGAAAUAAAUAUUGAAAGUUUUGAAGAGCAAGUGGAAGGGGAAGAGAAUAAUGAGAGGGAGGAUAGUGUAGAUAAAACAAUAGCUUCUGUCAUUGAGAAAAUUAAAAAUGAUGGAAGGAGGGGUAUGAAACGGAAAUUGAAUGUAUCAGAAAAAAAACAAACCAAGAAGAGUAAAAGCAUUAUUCGUCUACCAAAAACAAAUAUUUGCCCCUUGUGUGAACGUCAAGUCUCCCCAGGAAAUUGGAGUAGACACUUGAAAAGGCACCAUCCAGAUUAUGCAUUAUCCCCGGAAGAAGAAGAUGAACAAAUUAAUGGGGAGGAUAAUUUGGAUGAUUAUAUUGAAGAGGAGGAAGAAAUGGCAACUAAUUCAACUUGUCAAAACGAGACGCCAACAGAAGAGGCCUUACUUUGGGCUCUAUGUCAAGAAGAACUUGAUGUACAAUCGUCUUUAGCUAAUGCUAACAAAAAAGCUGAAAGUAUUCGAAAAAAGAUGGAGACAUUCCAAAAUGUUUUGUCUGCUGAAGAAGUUAAAAUUCGUGAGUUAAAGAUAAAGGCUGAACAAUUAGCAGAACGUAGGAAAGAAUUGUUGUUGAAACGACAAGAAAAUGUUCAAAAUGGUAAAAGGGAGAGAAAAAAUAUUUGUUUAUAA